GUGUACUUGUGUGCUUAUUACUACUACUAGGUGAGUGUAGUAAGUACACUUGUGUUCUUGUGUGCUUAUUACUUUUGCUGGAUGAGCGUAGUAAGUACACAUGUGUUCCUGUGUGCUUAUUACCUCUACUGGGUGAGUGUAGUAAGUACAAAUGUGUUCAUGUGUGCUUAUUACCUCUACUGGGUGAGUGUAGUACGUACACACGUGUCCUUAUGCGCUUACUACUUUCUACUGGGCGGGAGUAGCAAGUCCACACGUGCUCCUGUGCGCUUACUACCUCUACUGGGUAGGGCAUGAAGCCCGUUGGUUGGAUUGAGCCCGGCUGCAGCCCUAACAUGAAUACUAGUAGACACAAAUAAUGGAAGUAUCCACGACCCCUCUGAACAAAAGUGGAAUAUUCCACACACCCCAAGCAGGUUUGUUGAUUUAUUUCCUAAUAUUUAUGAAGUGUCAUUUCAAUAUAUAUAUUAUUAGCAUACAUGUAGUGUGGAUAUACAGUAUAUGUUUUAUGUGCGUGGAAACUCACUCCUGUGUGUUUGGCGUGGAAACUUUGUACAAAAUGGAAAUAAAGUUGCCAUAACACACAUUGGGAGUAUGUAUGUGUAUUAUGCACAUUUAGAUCAAGUUUAUCAUGUGUGAAAAUGACAAGUGUACAUGCAAGUACUGCAAUACCGUGUACAUUUAGGAGUAUCUGGACGUGCUUUCUCUCCCAUCAGGGAGGACGAUGAUGACGAGGAAGAGGAAGAUGUGGGAGGUCCAUCAAGCCCUUGAGGAGGAAGAGGAAAGAUGGAGGAGGAGGAAAACGGCGACUUUUCCACCUCACUCCUGCCGUGAUCGACGCUAAAGAUGUGCCAUCAUUGACGCGACGAGACGGAGACGAUGCAAGACCUUCACUCGCUGCAGGCCUGAAUCCCCCCACAAGCUGGAUGGAGCAGGAUGUGGAGAGCUCGGCCAUCAACAAGGUCCCCAAGCAGCUGGUGACCAUGGAGCGGACCAGGAGGGUCCAGCGCUACGUGCGGAAAGACGGCAAGUGCAACGUGCACCACGGCAACGUGCGCGAGACUUACCGCUACCUGACGGACAUCUUCACCACGCUGGUGGACCUGAAGUGGAGGUUCAACCUGUUUGUCUUCGUCCUGGUCUACACCGUCACCUGGCUCUUCUUCGGCUUCAUGUGGUGGCUCAUCGCCUACCUGCGGGGAGACCUGGACCACCUGGCCGACAACCUCUGGACUCCGUGCGUCAACAACCUCAAUAGUUUCGUCUCGGCCUUCCUCUUCUCCAUCGAGACGGAGACCACCAUCGGGUACGGGUACCGGGUGAUCACGGACAAGUGUCCCGAGGGCAUCGUGCUGCUGCUGGUGCAGUCGGUGCUGGGCUCCAUCGUCAACGCCUUCAUGGUGGGCUGCAUGUUCGUCAAGAUCUCGCAGCCCAAUAAGCGCGCCGAGACGCUGGUGUUCUCCACCCACGCCGUGGUCUCCAUGAGGGACGGCCGCCUGUGCCUCAUGUUCCGGGUGGGCGACCUCAGGAACUCGCACAUCGUGGAAGCGUCCAUCCGGGCCAAGCUCAUCAAGUCCAAGCAGACCAAGGAGGGCGAGUUCAUCCCCCUGAACCAGACGGACAUCAACGUGGGCUACAACACGGGCGACGACCGCCUCUUCCUGGUGUCCCCGCUCAUCAUCUGUCACGAGAUCGACCAGAGCAGUCCCUUCUGGGACGUCUCGCCCGCACACCUGGCCCACGAGGACCUGGAGGUGGUCGUCAUCCUGGAGGGCAUGGUGGAGGCCACGGGCAUGACGUGUCAGGCCAGGAGUUCGUACGUGAGCAGUGAGAUCAAGUGGGGUUAUCGCUUCACGCCCGUCCUCACGCUGGAGGACGGCUUCUACGAGGUGGACUACAACAGCUUCCACGACAUCUACCAGACCAACACACCCGCAUGCAGCGCCAGGGAGCUGGCGGACAUGUACGAGCGUGCCCGCCCGCCCCUCGCCUGCUCGCUGGCCGGCAAGCCCAGUCAGCAGGAUCUGGCCGAGGCCGACAAGGAGGCGGAGCCACAGAGCAAGAAGGUCCCGCAGACUGAGAGGAACGGAGACGUCUCCAACGCGGAGACGGAGUCCAAAGUGUAGAAGUAGGAGUAUUUUUUCUAGUAGAUUUCAAGUAUUUUUGUACAUAACUUGCUUGAGUGAAUAUUUGAUACUACUCCUCUCUGACUACUGUAAAUAAUACUUCAUUUAUUGUACAAUACAUCACUCUUUCCUUUACACACCUGCAGGACACCUCAUUAGGGACACCUGUGCCAGCCAAUAGGAGAGCUGCAUCCAUACUUGGACUAAAACAAGUACUUUUUCACCGAGUACCACCUCAGAAAACACUUGUACCCACGUUAAAAUACAGUAGCGUAGUAGGCCUAAGUAUUCAUCAAACACAAGGAAGUGGUUUUAUUUAACAUGUACAUUUCAGAUUUUGGCCCCUGUAACGUAACACACAGUUUGAACAGUAACACUGGGUUUGAAUAUGGGAAAAUAAAAGGCUACUUUAAUCAGCGGUUCUUUGGCCUACCACUAGAUGGAGCUUGCGAGAAUCACUGCGCUACGUAGUACAUGUACAUGAUCUUUGACCAACGUAAAUACACAAUACUAUUUGUUCCCUUUAAUGCAGUGCUACUUAAAUAGUGGGCCCCUGGGGCGGGGCCCCCCCCCUCCCCCCUGGAGCGGGGCCCCCCUGGGGUGUCGGUGGAAAGGGCAAAGUCGUAAUAAUACUUUUAGUGUUGGUAAAUACCUGACAUAUACAGAUAAAAAUGUUAACUUCGGUGAGGCGUGACAGAAAAUCCUUAUACAAAUACAGUAGUAUUGUAAAAUAAAUACAAUAGUAUAUAUAGUAUGACCACAAUAGUAAAACUACAAUGGUUCUUUUAAUAUAAAUACAAUAGUAAAUAUAGUGUAACUACAAUAAUACAUAUCGUAUAACUACAAUAGUAAAUAUAAACAAUUUUAAAUAUAUUACAAAUACAAUAGUAAAUAUAGUAUAAACACAAUAGUAAACAUAGUACAACUACAAUAGUAAAAAUAAAACUACGAUUGUAAAUCUAGUAUAACUACAAUAGUAAAUAGUAUAACUAGAAUAGUAAAUAUAGUAUUAGUAAAUAUAAGUAUAAAUACAAUAGUAAAUAUAACUACAAUAGUAAAUAUAAUUACAAUAGCAUAACUACAAGAGUAAAUAAUAGUGUAACUACAAUAGUAAAUAUGACUACAAUAGAAAAUAUAACUAUAGUAUAUUUAGUAUAACUUCAAUAGUAAAUAAUAGUUUAACUACAAUAUUAAAUAAUAGUAUAGUGUAACUACAAUAGUGACUAUAACUACAAUAGAAAAUAUAGCUACAAUAGUAUAUUUAGUAUAACUUCAAUAGUAAAUAAUGGUUUAACUACAAUAUUAAAUAAUAGUAUAGCUACAAUAGUAAGUAGUAUAACUGCAAUAGUAAGUAUAAUAUAACUACAAUAGCAUAACGACAAGAGUAAAUAUAGUAUAACUACAAUAGUAAAUAUAGUAUAAUUAAAAUAGCGUAACUACAAGAGUAAAUAUAGUACAACUGCAAUAGUAAAUAUAACUACAAUAGUAGAUAUAGUAUGGCUACAAUAGCAUAACUAUUGUAAAUAUAGUAUAACUUCAAUAGUAAAUAAUAGUAUAACUACAAUAUUAAAUAGUAUAACUACAAUAGUAAGUAUAACUACAAUAGCAUAACAAGAGUAAAUAUAGUAUAACUACAAUAGUAAAUAUUAGUAUAACUACAUUAGUAAAUAUAGUAAAUAGUGAAUGGUAUAACUACAAGAGUAAAUAUAGUAUAACUACAAUAGUACAUAAUAGUAUAACUACAAGAGUAAAUAUAGUAUAACUACAAUAGUAAAUAUAACUACAAGCGUAAAUAUAGUAUAACUACAAUAGUACAUAAUAGUAUAACUACAAUAGUAAAUAUAGUAUAACUACAAUAGUACAUAAUAGUAUAACUACAAGAGUAAAUAUAGUAUAACUACAAUAGUAAAUAUAA